AUGAAUCCCGCCCUCGCCAAGUUUAUACUCAAAAGCACACCCAAGAGUAUCCUCAACCCGCAGCCCGAAAUGAACACCGCGAUCCCUCUCAACACUGGCGCCACCAUCCCAGCCCUUGGUUUGGGAACGUGGCAGUCUCCGCCAGGCGAAGUCAAGAAGGCGGUCGUGCAUGCGAUUGAGAGCGGUUACAGGCAUAUCGACUGCGCUUUCUGCUACCAAAACGAGGACGAGGUCGGCGAUGCGCUUCAGGACGUCAUUUCACGAGGUAUCGUGGAGAGAGAAGAUCUGUUCAUCACUAGCAAGCUGUGGUGCACAUUCCACACCAGGGCCGAAGAGGGGCUGCAGAAGAGCUUGGACAUGCUAAAGACUCCCUACGUGGAUCUUUACCUGAUGCACUGGCCUGUUCCCAUGAACCCUAAUGGCAACCAUCCCCUCUUCCCCAAGCACGAAGACGGCUCACGCGACAUCGACAGCUCAAUAACCCACCAAGACACCUGGAAGAACUUGGAGAAGUUGAUCCAGUCACACCCUGAAAAGGUCAAGGCUAUCGGCGUCGCGAACUACUCCGUCAAGUACUUGGAGAAGCUGCUCGCCAAAGCUACCAUCGUUCCCGCCGUCAACCAGAUCGAGAACCACCCACUGUGCCCACAACAAGAGGUUAUAGACUUUUGCAAGGAGAAGGGUAUUCAUAUCACAGCAUACAGCCCACUUGGCAGCACUGGAUGUCCGCUGUUCGAGGACGAGGGUGUGAAUGAGGUUGCAAAGAAGCACAGUGUGAAACCCGCUGUUGUACUUUUGAGCUAUCACCUCGCUCGCAACUCCUCUGUCCUCGCAAAGUCCGUCACUCCAUCGCGCAUCGAGGAGAACAGCAAGCUCAUCUCCCUCGACGGUGAAGACAUGGAGAAGCUGGAGAAGAUUCACAAGGUCAAGGGAAUUACUCGCUAUGUAUACCCGCCCUUUGGCGUCGACUGCGGAUUCCCAGACAAAGUAGGGGGCAUGGACCUGAGCGGUCCGUGACUGGCAGAAAUGAGUAAACUGUAGCAUGCAUUUAGGAUAGGAACAAAAGCUAUACCCAAUUGAAGGUUUCA